AUCUAACUCCAGACUGAUGAAAUAUGGCAAAUCGUUUAGGUACACAGAACCUAAAGAAAUAUCAAUCCCUGUAAUGAUUCACAUGGACACAGCGAUGACAUACCAAAUGGCCAAAACAAAGGGGUACAAGAAAUCAAAAGAGGGACGAAGAAGAUUGAAUUUUGCACCCAAACUUAUCUUACGAGAUGUUGAGAAGAUAUUAAGAAGUUUAGAUGAGAGAAUACAUGUGAAACUAGUGAAUGUUAAAAUAGUGACGAAUCAGACGCUAGAUAUGGAUGAAAAUGUUAGUGAUUAUUUGAGAAAUUAUUGCAUGUGGCAGAAAAGUAUGAAGGUCAAGAGAGGUCAGCCGUAUUUUUCGGUUUUGCUGACUGGUCUCGAUGUGUAUUAUAUUGGGAAGAAUGGGAAGAAAGUUAGAGAGAGCACAGGGCGUGGCUACAUGGGCAGGAUGUGCAGCACGCAUCGAAGCUGCGCCGUGGUGAAGUGGAAUGAGAGAGACUUGGUGUAUCUUCUGGCACAUGAGAUCGCUCACAGUUUGGGUGUAUACCAUGACGGGUUUAAAAACAGCUGCCGCACAGGCUUCAUCAUGGCUUCUCAGUACAGUCGGCAAAAUGUGCCACAGCACUGGUCUACUUGCAGCAAAACUCAUCUUGAGGAGUUCUUAAGGAACAAGGAGAAAUCAUGGUGUGUAAACACGAAAUUUAAAAAGAUUGCCAGAAGGAAGAGAAACUAAAAUGACAUGGAUGUUAACUUUGAUAAAAAUGCUAAAAAAUAAGUAAUUUAUUCUUGGUUUAGUCUGGCAGA